CUAGAGUCUUAACUACUAGGCGAUCAUUAUACUCAUAAACUAAACCAUUAGGUUUUAGUUUUUUUUUUUUAAGAAUCCAUUUAUUACCCAUGACUUCAUUGGCAAUAGGUAAUUCUCAUAGAUGCCAAAUCUUGUUCGAUUCCAUCGAUAUAUUACCCAAGGCUUAACAGCCAAGACGUAACUCUACAAGAUUCUAAGUCUAUUAGACUCAAAUAAUUCCAUUUCGUUAAUAAUGGAUUCUCCCACAAAUCUGCACUUUACAGAAGUUUGAACUUCUAGCAGACUUGUAGGAUCUUUCUUAGGGUGUAAAUAACAAACUCAUAACCAAAUCCUUUCGUGAUUUAUGGUUCAUUUGUCUCUUCUGAGUUCAUACUCAGAUUCAUCACCCCCACUAGUUAUCCAUUAUUUCUAAUAGUAGGCAGGAUAUCACCCCCACUAUUUCUUAAUAUAAAUGGAAUCUAUUGACAUCAAUGGUUUUCACAAACUAAUGAGUAAUUCAUUUCAUAGGCUUAUGUGUUUUACAAUAAUUUAACACUCAUAUGCUGUUCUAGUUAUCAUGUCACUGAUUCUCUAACGCUACCACAUACAUGCCACAUAUCGAAUAAUCAGUGCAAUCAUAAUGCAACUAGGCAUUUCAAACUAUUUCGAAUAACUAGUUAGACAAUCACAACACUCUAAAGAGCAAUAAACCAUUUAUUGUCUUUUCCAUCAAGUUUACCCAUAUCAACAUAAAUCAGAUCUAUUGAUUCUAAUUCUCUAACCACAUAUUUUAUGGAUCAUUUUGCGUGGAUACAAAAUUUCUCAAGCGUUCGAGAAUAAUAUGGGAAUGUGACUUUAGAUAUUCUAAUUCUUUACAAGGACACACCCGUCCCAAAAAAGAAUCCAUCUUAAAUCGUCUAUCACAGACAUGCCUUGGGGCGCUAGUAUCCAGCAACCAUUCUCCAGAGUUACCAUUAAGGCUAACCUCUGUCAUCACCUAAGCGAUUGUUAUUGCCAAAUCCUCUUCUUUAAUCAAGUUAACACAAUACUAUGUUAAACUUGCUCUAACACUUUAGUGUCAUAUGACCUAGUUUUUCUCAAAUUUAAUUGAGAAACAUAACGUCAUUCUUAGAGGAUUGAGUGACAAUCUUAUGGUUACCACAAAGGGUACCAUUCUAUUUGGUGUGGAUCUGGUUCGGCUUGAUGCUCUCAUUCUUGAAACUUUAAUGUUUCAGAGCAACCCCAAUGGUUCAUCUAGUACUGACAACGGUACUUCUUACAAUACCAUCACUAUGGGCAAUUAACCCAUUCUAUUCCCAUAUAUUCUUCAGUGCACACAUUUAGACAAAAUCAUUCUUUCCAUAGCAUGUAUUCUAAUCAUCGAGAUACGUAAUAUAUCUCAAUGUCAACUUAUCAUGCAUCAAUUCAAGCUUCCUUUCUAAAUUUCAUGCAUAAAACCCAAUGAAAUUUGUCAUUCAUUAAUGACUCAUGAGGAAGGUUUCAAUUCUUACCUCAUUUCAAGAAACCAUUGCCUUCUGAUUUUGCAACCGAUAGCUAACAACAUAAUUAGCUUCUUUGUUCCUCUUUAUUUCUCUUGUCGCACAGGAACAACUCAUUUUCAUGCUUCGGGGGCAUCACCUCUCCCAGAACCAUAUGUGUAUGAGAGGCCUCCAUUAUUUCCCAAAAUUCAGGCUCUAGCCCGUCGUUAAUUACACCAGAGCAUGCCUUAAAUUCAUACGUUCGAGUAAGAAAUCCACAAUAUUUGGCACAAGAGCGGAAUUCAUUAAUUAAUUGAUGUAGUAAUCCAAUAUACUUAUCUCGGUGGACACUGUUUUUCUCCUGGGCUUUGAGAAGUGAGAGCAGCCCACUCGAAUUCUUCUUUUCAACUUCGUUGUUAUCCUUUUGUUCCGUGCAAUAACUUAAUUGCUUCCUUUCCCUUUAAGACUUCGUCAGCUCCAUGGUCUAAGCUAAUCAACUGCUAACACUUAAGCAGCCGGAUAAACAACAAAAAGCCCACAGGAAAAAGGAAUUAAAUAAUUACGAGACAAAAGUAUCCACAAUAUUAGUUGAGAACAUCUUUGAUCGUCUUUUCUCUUCAGCUUCCUUUUAUUACUUGCACCGUCGCAAAUAAAGAAUUUACCCUAAUAUAGUAAUAUCCAAGGGUUCUCAGCAUACGAAUUCUAGCCAAAUUUCUUCCAGGCGGCUUCCCAUCCAGAUUAUUUGUUCCCACGUGAUGGGACACAAUUGACAGCCAUCGGAAGAUUAGCUACAGGGUCGUCUUUGCGCUUCUUUCCUCGGUCUGCUUCCGUACGAUCAGGGUUUGAUUCGUGCGACGAUCGGAGCGUUUCUCAAGGGCAACGGUCAGAGCAAGGUAGCGGGUGGAGUGAUAGAAAUCGUUCAGGCCAAUAUCGGUAUCCUGUUAGGUAAUGAUGACAGAAACCCCACGUCUUAAAAUUGUUAGAAAUCGAACAUAAAAAAUUAGGGUUACCGAUCUGGCUGAGUCGCGGACUAGAUCGCUCUCUUUAAGACGUUCGUGGUACUGCCUCGUAUUGCGCACAAUAGACUAUUAGUCGGUUGCCUCCAGGAUAAAACAUCCAUUCUAAUUUUCUUGCUCAUCGGUUUUAUGCGAAAAACCGGAGCUCUAUGAAUUCACUCUCUCUCGUGUUUCUGCUCUUCUGAGGUGUGUUUAGAGGGUCUGGGGCGUCUCCUAUUUAUAGGAGCAGAAAACCCAGAAUAUUCCCUCUUUCUUUGGGAAUAAGACAUAUUUUAAUUAGGGAGAUAAUUACUCUCAUAAUUAAAAUAUAAUCUAUUAAGAUAAUUGUUUCUAAUUAUCUCCAUAAUAUUCCUUUUAUUAAUUAUCCAUCUUAUUUAUGUAUUAUGGGAAAAUACUGGAUAAUUAAUUAGGAAUUUCAUUUAUAGCUUUUCAAAGCUAUUCAUCCCAACACAACGUCAAAUAAACGUCUUCUUCUUGUUUUUUUUUUUUUUUUGGAUAUAAACUUAGUUUACUGUGAUAAGGCUAAAUUUAGUCUCAGGUUAUAAAGAAAAAAAAAAUGGGAAAUUUGGGUUCUACGCUAUUGUGAUUUGUGAUCCGUUACUACAUAUAUGAAUUAAUGUUGUACGUAGUUUUGGUAGGUCAUUCGUCCAAGUUCUAGCGGCUGCGUGUGUGUGGCCGCAGACGGAUUUAUGACUUGAGAGUUGAGACACACAAUACGACAUCAAGCGCAAUUAUUUUUUCUUCCCGGAUGAACCCUAAAGAUUAAAGAAUACAAACUCCUCACCCGUCAUUGCUAAAAAUAUCCACUCCACCACCGUCUCUCUCACCAUCCAUUCCAAUUCAAUGUAUGAUGCGGUAGCACGCCACUCGCCUAGCUUGGUCCCAAAUCAAAUGCGAUGGGGAUUGAUCGUUGGUGGAUUCUCGCCCGUCCCUUUUACCCAUAGUCUCAUUUUUCAUAUUUGGGAAUUUUACAAACAUUCAGAAGCACAGCUGCUUAAGUUCGACAACAAAUCUCAUUUGUGCCUUACAAAAUAUGUGUAGUACGUGUACAAACUGAAUUUGUAGCACAAUGUUAAAUAUAUUGAUGCAGUUUGUAUCAUAAGAAAAUUGUAUAAAAAGUUUAGGUCGUAGCACAAAGUUGAAUUUGUCGCUUAACAUUUUUGUUUUGUUUUGUACAGGUGAGUACUCAUACUUACAAGUAUAGCAGUGGAGUUCAACAUAUUCGCGAUCUAACUAUACAAAAAGGAACAAGCUUGUAUGUUUAUAUUUCAAUUUUUUUGCGCGACAAAGAUAACCUUUUUUUUUUUUGGUAAGAGACAAAGAUAGCUCUAUUUCCACGUAGUGAUGUCAAUGGGACGGGUAUCUCAAUAUCCAUACCCUUCAUGCAUUAAGCACGAUUCAGGUUGGGUAAUAUCCGUACGGGUAAAGUGCAGGGCAAGUGAACCAUUCUUAUAUUUGUUUUUUUGGAAAAAUGCUGAUAUCUAACUAUUUUACAAGAAUAUACAGAGAAAAUACUUCAAAAUGAAUGAAAAAUAUAUUAGAAUGAAUAAUAGAGUAUAAAUAGUUGAAAGAUAUAGUUUUAAAAUGAUAUUCUUUAUAAUUUUAGAAAGAUAGGAGGAAUACAUAUAAAUAUUGAUGCAAAUUAUGAUAGAACGGGUAGAGAAAAGGCGGAAUGACUAGGAAGGGACAAGUCGAAAGCAAUAGCCAUGAUACAAAUUAUGAUAAAACGGGUAGAGAACGAACGAAAUGGCUAAAAAAGGACAAGUCGAAAGCAAUACGCAUAUCCCAUUCCACACCGGUACCGAUUGAAUAAUGCCCAACCCCAAACAGAUGGACAGUUGCACGGAUCUAAAUUAGAAAUUGUCAUCAUCCCUAUUUCCAAAGCCUUCAAAGGUAAGAAUGUGAUUGAUAAGAUUCUUUCUUCGUCACCCUUUCCUUAUUCCACAAACUUUCCAACGCCUUCUCCCUCUCAACCCGUGCUGUGGUUUGUUGUUCUACAUGUAAAGUCACCUUUUUUCGUGCUGGCCUUGAGUUUCCCAAACGGGCUCCUGAUGUUAACUGAUCAUCUUUUCCAGUGAGCUACGUACGUACAUUUUCCGCCUUCUGACUUCUCCUCCCAAAACCAAUUAUUGUUAUGUACCUCGCAACCUAACCUAUAAUAUAUAGUUGCGGGAAAUUUAUCGUGCUCGGUCCCUCUAGUCUAAGGGGGAGAGUGGAAGGAAAUCAAAUUGGUCAUUAAAUCUUGGAUUUUGUAGCAUGUGACGAUGUCCCAAAGCUAGCUAGCUAGCUAGCUAUCGAGGGUGAUGAAGAAUUUAUAUUUAACAAAAAAAAAAAAAAAAACUCACGUAGUAUAGAGGAAUUCAUUACGUUUCCUUUAGCUAAAAUGUUUUUUCUUUUUUCUUUUGGAUUUUACCGUAGGUAGACGUCAUAAUUUUGAAAAAAAAGUUUGAAGAAAAUAUAACUCGCUUAGCAUUAAUUUUCCAAUCUACAAAACCAAUAUAAAUAUUUUUUGACACGUUUUUUGAAGAUAAUAUUGAUGUUACUCUUAUAAUGCAAUUCUAGUGUUUACACAAUGUGGUUUGAAUAUUUACACAAAAUAUUCGAAGUAUGUGGUGUGGAUACUGGAACUACGUACGUUAUGUGAAUGUUAUCAACUUUAUCUCAAAUAAUGUAUCAGAAAACUAUUGAUAGUGAUCUUGUUAUAUUGAAAAAAAUUCUAAGCAAUGUUAAUUCUUCGAAUUUUUUCAAAAAUAAUGUCUUAAGAAAAAAUAUAUGUUAGAAUGUCCUAUGAAAUUUAGGUAUUAAGCAUCCUAGCUCAAUUGUCUGUUCACGUGAUGAUGAAGAUGAACUUCUGCUAGCCCUUGAAAAAUCCCACACAAUGUGACAAAUUCCACCACAAGUUGUGUCUGUCAACCCUUUUUUACAACUAACUGCCACAACAGUUGUUUGAUUUUGGUAAUAGUUAAAUUGAUGUAUUGUUAUCAAUGCAUGAUGUAUUGUAAUUUUUUUCGUUUUGUUUAUGUGAUAGUUAUUGUAGUAUUUAAAUGAGUUAUAUUAUUUUUUGGGUGAAAUGUCACUUUUACUUUUUGUUUUUCAUAUAAGAAAGCAACACACAUUAAAAGGUAGAAAUAGUAGGAAGAAAGUAAUCUCAAUCAAACAAUCUCAACAAUCUCACAAAAAAUUUGAGAUUUAAUUAUCACUCAUAUGUCACAUCAAGCUUACAAUGCAUGUAUUGUUUGUAUAAAAAAAAUACAUUAUGAACAAUACAUGCAUUAUGCAUUGUAACUAUCCUACCAAACAAUCACCAAAAUCACGCUGAGUGUAAAUAUGAUAGAGAACAUUAGUGUACACAAAAGAACAAUGAAGGUUGGUACUUGAGAGUGGAAACCGGAAACUUGGACAGGAGAUAUGGGCAAAUGGGCCCCAAAUAGACAAGCACCAUCUAACAACAAGAAGGAAGAUAUACUACACCAUGGUCUAUGAAAUCGUAUUGUACUGGCGGUUCAACCAUAAAAUAUUAGUAUUGGAGGCUAAACUGAUAAGCGGUAUUUAACGAUACUAACCGUUGAACUAUGAUUAAACCACGAUUUUGUCAUAAAAUAUCCUACUGCUGACUUUUUCGUUACGAUUUCAUGGACCAUGCACUACGCAUCAAUUUAUGUUCCGGUCCACCCCUACAAUAUAUCGAAAAUCUAGGAGAGAGUUAGGUCGUUUUUUUAUAUGAAUUCAAUUUAUGUUCCCGUUAAACUUAAUCACACUAUAUUUUUGUUAUUGUUAUUAUUAUUGCAUAAUUGGGAGUCAGAAAAAGGGAGUUCGGACAGGAUAAUGCACAUGCAUUACUUGAUUUGUAUAGUUGAGAAUUCAAUAAAAAUAUUAAUUGUUAUGUUAGAAUAUGACUUGAAUUUGAUUUAGGUUUGUUUUGUGUUUGAGCCUAUUUAGUUUGGGUUUGUGUUUGGGCUUUGUUUGACCUUUUCCUUUGGGAAAAAGGUGUUUGGUUUUUUGUUUGGGAUUAGGAGAAGAGUUCUAUAAAUACUCUUCAUCGCCCUAGUCUGUAGUAAAGGUCAGUCAGGUUAGUUUGUUUGGUUUGUCCGUUUGGAAUUUGGUUUGUAACCUGUACUCGCCUCAAAUUAGUGAAAUUUGUUCUCCCCUGCCCGUGGAUUAGCUAGCUAGCACACAUUGUGUUAGUGAACCACGUUAAAUUUGUGUUCGUUUGUGUUGAUCUGGAUUAUCGAUUGCCAUGCUUCUGUUCCGACAAGUGGUAUCAGAGCCUUUGGUUGCGGUUUUGGGAGUUUGGCGCUUGACUGAAGUUUUGUUUUGCGGAGUUUGUUUGAUGGUAAGAAUGGCUGCUAUCAGUAUGAAGAUCGAGAAGUCAAUUUGGAGUUGCAGGCUUGGAGUUAGCAGUAAAUUUGAUGUUGGUGCUAUGGACGGAAAUAACACCAAGCUGGUUCUGCAUGGCAAGUCCCAACAUGGGUUGGACUUGCUGCAUGUUUUGAUUUGUUGAUCGCCCUUAGGGGCAUUUGGAGGCAGGGGAGAUUCUGGUACAGCUGAUUUGGAGGAGAUUAUGUCACAUUUGGAGAUUUGGAGAGUUUGUUAUGUCUGGCAAUUUUUGAUUGCAUCUGAAUUUGGCGAUUGGCAUCGCGUUUUGAGUUUGGCGGUUUCGAUCGCAUUUGGAUACGUCUGGCGAUAUGUAUCGCGUUUGGAUACAUCUGGCAACUUUGGUUGCGUCUGGUACAUUUGGUAUUUGAGAGAGAAUUCAACUCAAGGUGGAGAUUGUUAGAAUAUGACUUGAAUUCGAUUUAGGUUUGUUUUGUGUUUGGGCCUAUUUAGUUUGGGUUUGUGUUUGGGCUUUGUUUGACCUUUUCCUUGUAUGUUUGUGGAAAAGGUGUUUGGUUUUCUCUUUAAGAUUAUGAGAAGAGUUCUAUAAAUACUCUUCAUCACCCUAGUCUGUAGUAAAGGUCAUUCAGGUUAGUUUGUUUGGUUUGUCCGUUUGGAAUUUGGUUUCUAACCUGUACUCUCCUCAAAUUAGUGAAAUUUGUUCUCCCCUACCCGUGGAUUAGCUAGCACACAUUGUGUUAGUGAACCACGUUAAAUUUGUGUUCGUUUGUGUUGAUCUGGAUUAUUGAUUGCCACGCUUCUGUUCUGACAUGUUAGGUAGAGCUUAGUAUGUACUUUGGCUAAUGUUGAUCGUUUGCUAUCCUCUAUUCAUUAACCCGGUUCGGUCUGAUCAUUAAGUGAAUUCAUAGGAACCAUUAGUUUUUUUUUUACGAUAUGGGAACCAUUAGAUUAAUAAAAGAGAGAAGGGGGAAAUGCCUAAAAAAGCAAUCUCGAUAUUCUAAAUUAAUGGUUAAUAUAUUUAUUAGUAAACAUAAUAGUAGAAUCAUGACAAUCUAAUCCAUCACUCUCCUUGCCGCAUUCAAAUCGUCUUGAAACCUCUAACUCACAUUCCAACAUAGGGUUAGUAAUCAUUGAUUAUUCAUUAACGAGUAACUAAAUCUAGAUGUAAGGGUUGUGAAUAAAUUAAUCGGUUCUUAUUUUCUUCGUUCUAUGGAUUUCAAUUUUUUAUCCAAAUCUUUUUCAGAUUCUUUUAUAUUAUCCAAACCUAUUAAAAUGCUAUUAAUUAGUCAAAUCUUUCGUAAUGCAUCAAAGUAUUAGUCAUUCUUACGUUAUAAUUAAUAAUUUUGAAACUCUUUUCUUAGUUAAAAUACUAAAAUUUUGGAAUGUUGACAUUCAUGUGUCUCUUCAAAGUUAGUAUCAUGUUGCCGAGUCAAUAUUACUAACAAAAUUGCUAACUAAAAGUUAACAAUUAACUAAUUCUUAGUAUUUCGAUUGAUUUUACUAAUAAAAAAAUUCAAAAAUUUUGACUAAUAAAUAGUUUUUAUCCUAAAUAUUAAUGAAUACAUGAAAUAUUUUCACCUUCCUCUCUCGCUAGUCUCUCCCAGACGGCUGAGCUUUUGGGUUUAGCACUUUAGCUACGUUUCGACUUUCGUAUGAGAAAAGAAAACUAAACCCUACACGGCCGGCUCCAUUGAUUAGAAUAUUAAAUGAUUUUAAUUUAAAAUACAAAAUAAAUAUUUUUUUGACGAAAAAAGUAACUUGCAUUAACAAGAACCACAAAGUGAUACAAAAUAAAUAUCUUAUUACCCUUAACUACUUAACAAUCAACUUAAUCGAAAAAUUAAUCUCAAUAAAUUAAUAAUCUAAGA